GCGCCUUCUGCACUGGGAUUGGUUAAUAUCAUUCUGCAUUCUGUAAUGUGAUUGGAUAGUAGUUCCUAAACCUUCCGUGAUUGGCCACUGAAUCAGCCAGUCGUUUAGCGCAGGAGGAGAGGUGUUGGAAUACGGGUGGGGGAUAAAUAAAAAACGCGAAGCCGAAGAUUUGAUGUAACUUUAAAGUCUUUUCUUUGUUAAUUUACAGAAUAGAAGCGCUUUUUAUUAGACAACCUGGAAUGGCAUCAGCUCCAGCCCAGCAGCCCACACUGACAAUAGAACAAGCCAGAGUGGUGCUGAGUGAGGUGAUCCAGGCCUUCUCUGUGCCUGAGAAUGCCUCUCGAAUGGAGGAGGCGAGGGAAAGUGCCUGCAAUGACAUGGGUAAGAUGCUCCAACUGGUUCUUCCGGUGGCUACACAAAUCCAGCAGGAGGUGAUCAAGGCCUACGGCUUCAAUAAUGAAGGAGAGGGUGUUCUGAAGUUUGCCAGACUGGUGAAGAUGUACGAAUCUCAGGACCCAGAGAUCGCUGCCAUGUCGCUCAAGCUCAAGUCUCUUCUCCUGCCGCCUCUGUCGACUCCGCCCAUCGGUGGUGGAAUCCCUGCAUCUUAAAUUCAACUAAACCAAUAUCCACAUCGCAGGGGUUCAGAACAUUUACAGCCUCACAGUUACUGUUCCACAUCAGAAAUAUUGGCAUAUUUUCCAGACUUUAAGACUACAAAACACACCUCCAUAGAUUCUAAAUCAGUGUAUUCACAGCUGUUAGUCACUACAUUGUGGCUGGUGUUUUGAUUUGUAGAAGUAGAGCAUAGCCUGGUUUAAGCAGCUGAAGUUAAGGUUUUCACCGCAGGGAAUUUCAGCACGUUUAUAUCAAAGCAACAAACAUCAGCUGUUGCAUGUUCUACGCACCUUUUUCCACGCUCUCUUCCGUACCGCUCAUAGUUGUUGCAGUGAAAAUUCCAGAACAACGAUGGAAAUGCAACUUUGGACAGCAUCUUCAGCGCCGCUUCAUUUCGAGUCAUAAUGCCUGCUAUAAAGAGCACAAAUAAAUAAAUUGUACAAAUUAUAGUCUGGAAAAUCCACUAUUCAAAUCCUGAACUUCUUGCAUUACCAUGGCAUUCCACUUUUUCUAUUAGCAUUACAUAUGCUCUCAUAUUUAUUUGUCUUUCGCUGUAUACAGUACAAAGACUUUUGGACAAACCUGGAAAUUUGUGGGAAAUAACAAAUCUGAAGAUAUCUCACUCUGAUGUACGUUUAAAUCCUACAUCUGCAGUAGAUAUUCCAGCAGUGCAAAGAUCCCGAGAAACAGUCAUACCAGGAAUGAAAUAUUAGGUAUGUAGUCAAUCAGCCAACCAUAUUUGUUUCUUUAGUUUUUGCAAGUUCCUGGCCAACAAUAGAAAACUCUCUCACCCAAAUUCUUUUGCAUAAAUAGUUUCCUCAAGCCACAUCCAGUUCUUCAGUCAUAUCAGUCAAAAUUUUGGACAUAGUGUGAGUUAAUGUAACGUAUAAACAUGAAAAACAUCACCGUGCAGCUGUACCAGUAUAGGGGCAGCCAUCUUGGAACACUGGAGGCUUAAAAAGAAAGUAUACUAACGCUGUGUCUCAAUUCUCCUACUAUCCAUCCUAAGUAGUAUCCGAGACUAGAAUUAGUGUCUCCCAAAUGGUAUUAUGUUGAAAUGAGUCUCCCAAAGUUACCUGGAUGGUCUACUAUUUUCGAAAUUGUGGAUCCAUGGACACUUUUUCAGCUAAUAUUGCCCUACAAGUCCUUGCAUGAGGGAGAAAGGGAGGAGGAGUUUUGUGACUGUUUGCUUUUUCAUACAUUUUAGACAUUUCACACAUUUGUGUAAAUAAAAUGUGGACAAAUAAAUCAAGGGAAUGGUAAAUUAAAUUUGAUUAGUAUAUAUUAAUAUAAAUAAUUAUAUAAGGAAUAAUGAAUGAAGAAAAGCUGAAAUGCAACGAGGAGGUUGUUUACGGUGACUGUGUGCGUAAAUAGGCAACAACAUCCUCUUCCGUACAUGACAUGUUGGUAAGCCGCUGUACUACUUGCAUACUCUUUUGCUACACACUCAAAAGAAUGGAAAUCUCUUCACAAAAAGAGUACAUGCUUUUAGCGCAUAGGAGAAGUAGGCAAAUUGGGACUUAGCAGUGAGAUUUCGGUUGCAGUAGACUUCAGUUUUUUGUUAGCAGCAUUAGCCUGAGGUCAAAACUAAAGAGCAAACUGACUACAUUGGGGAGGAGGGGAACAUAUAACACUGUUUAUUGUCAUUUUUGACCAAACUGUUGCUUUUAAAUAGGUUAAUAUGUGCAUAUCUAAACUGUAGCAGAUCCAGUAUAAGGAGAAUCUGCUUCACAGUUGGGACUGUCUUCAUACAGCAGAAUGAGUUUAGCUUCCUCGUGCAUAAGACCGCUGUUCAGAACCUCUACAGUUUCAGUUGCAGCCCACCUUCAAACUCAACAGCAGUCCAGCAAAACACUAGUAUUCAUCGUUUUUUCUUCUUCUUUUUUUUUUUCUUUCUUUUUUUUUUUUUUUUUUUUUAAAAUAUUGUGGUGUGUGUAUUAACUUUGUGCAAUAAAAACUUUUAUCAGGUUCAACACUUUUGCAGUCUCUGGUCUAAAAUGGUACUGUUUUUUCUAUUUCUUACAAACAUUAUUAUGGGUAUUCUACAGCAGUUAUAGUACCUACUGCAAUGCAUUGUGGGAUUGCACCAGGUAUAUUUUCCACUAUUCCACUAUAUGUAAAUAGGGCAGUCUAGCACAAUGAUGUAUAAUGGUGUACUGGAUAUACACCAUGCAGCUUCAUUUUUAAAUACAUAGUAACUUGUAUAUUCGAGUCUGGUUUUUACGGAAGCCCUAACUGUCCAUGCAUUAUACAUUUUUUCUUUCUUGUUUUCUCGUGAUGUCGACUUAAUUUCUCUGUGUACUCAACACCCAUCGUCCCAAAGUCAAUGGGUUUUUUGAAUGGGUUUCUGGUUAAAUGCCUGACAUAAGGUCUCUGGUUAACACAAGCUCAAGUUAUAUUCACAAAUAUACUACGUCAUAAAAUACAUCAGUAAUAUCCCACUCGUGAUUUUUUUUUUUUACAUGUCUUAAAAAAGACGGUUGCUAACAAGUGGCUAAAUCCCAGCUGACAAUUUUAUGUUACAAGAAUAUUUCCCUAACAUUCCAAUUAAAUUAUAACAUUAUUUCUGAAUGUUCUAGGAAUGUUCAAAACGUCCAGUUUUUUAGACGUUGUAUUAACGUUCUUGCUUGGUUAUAGGAACGUUAUUCAAAACGUUAUUAGAACAUCCCAUUCCCUCAUUAUAUAAACAUUCUUCAAAAACGUUAUUACAAUGUCCCAUUCCCUCAUUCUAUAAACGUUCUCUCAACAUUUUUGUAUGGUUCUGAAAAGGUUAUGUAAAACAUUAUUGUAACAUUUAAUUUUCACUACAUACAAAUGUUUUCUCAGCAUUCUUCCUAGGUUAUAGGAACAUUCUUUACAACCUUAUGUUCCAUGCUCUUGUUAUAUAAACGUUCUCUCAAUGUUUUUCAAUGGUUAUAAAUGCAAAACAUUACUGGAAGUUCACUAACAGUGUUGUUUUCAAACUUUAGGACCAUACAAAUUACAAUCUAGAAAUA